GGCGGCGCCCAGCCGGCGCCGGGGAAGCGGCGGCCUCGGCAAUUCCAGCGAGCCCCUGCGCCAGCGGCGACGGCGGCGGCAAGGAUGAUAUCUCCGCGGAGUCGAGGCAGGGAGCUGGCCCGAUUCUACACGGUCACCGAGCCCAAGCGCCAUCCUCGGGGAUACACGGUCUAUAAGGUCACCGCGAGGAUUGUUUCACGAAAAAAUCCAGAAGAUGUCCAAGAGAUAGUCGUUUGGAAGAGAUACAGUGACUUUAAGAAAUUGCACAAAGAACUCUGGCAGAUUCAUAAGCACUUAUUCAGGCAUACAGAAUUGUUUCCUCCCUUUGCUAAAGCAAUAGUAUUUGGGCGAUUUGAAGAAGGUGUGAUUGAAGAGAGAAGACAGUGUGCAGAAGAUUUGCUUCAGUUUUCUGCCAACAUCCCCAUGCUCUACAAUAGCAAGCAGCUUGAGGAUUUCUUUAAGGAUGGAGAGGUACAUGAUGGAUCUGAAUUGAUUGGGCCUGCAGAACCUCUGGUGGACUCUCUGACAGACAGCUUAUCUACCUGCAGUUCUGAAGCUCGGAAGGAUAUUGGUGUCCUUGAUGAAGUGACACUUAACCAGUCAGAAUAUGGAGGUUUAUCCAGUGACAGCAACUUAAUUUCCUUGACUGUUGAUGCAGAUUCUCUUGUUGAGUUAGAUGAUGGAAUGGCAUCUAACCAGAAUUCCCCCAGCACAUCUCUUGGUCUCAGCUUUGCUGCUGAACCUCCAGCAUUAGCUUCUGCCAUUUCAGACCAUGAAUGGAGCAAAUCUGAGAGUGAGAGGGAGAGCCGGGGUUUAUUCACUGGGAGCUUGAAGGCCAAGCUUGGCAGGAGAGACUAUUUGGACAAAGCUGGAGAACUGAUAAAGCUGGCCUUGAAGAAAGAAGAAGAGGAAGACUAUGAAGCUGCAUUUGGCUUUUAUAGAAAAGGUGUCGGUCUACUCUUAGAGGGAGUUCAAGGAGAAUCAAGUCCAACCCGUCGUGAAGCAGUGAAGAGGAAGACUUCAGAAUAUCUGAUGAGAGCAGAAAGAAUUUCCAGCCUUUGCUGUAGACCCUCAUCAGAAGACGGCUCAAUAUUUGGCCCUCCAGGAUCACUAAGUUCAAGGCCCUCUUGGAACCUAAGGAGCCCUGCCGAGGAACUGAAGGCCUUUCGAGUCCUUGGGGUGAUUGACAAGGUUUUGCUUGUAAUGGAUACUAGGACACAACAGACAUACAUAUUGAAGGGUCUAAGGAAAAGUAGCGAAUGCAGCAGGAAGAGAAAGACCAUCAUCCCCCGCAGCGUGCCCAACAUGGUGGCUCUGCACAAGUACAUCAUCUCAGAGGAAUCGGUCUUCCUUGUGCUGCACUAUGCAGAAG